UGGGGGAAAAGGCGGGAGGGGAGGACGGGAGGAAAGUAAGAAGCUAUAAAAGACGCUGGCGGUUCGCGAAUACACUCAUUUGGACAUUACAUCCAACAGGCGCCGCUCACAAGAUGUCAGGCAGCACCGUAGCCUCAACACUGACCCUGGUGGUCCUGGCGUGCCUCGGUGUCAGCAGUGUGUGUCAAGAUGGUGUGGAGCCGAGCCCUUCUGACGCCACCACUGGAUCCGUAGUACUUACGAGCUCAGAAACACGACUGCUAACUUUCAAGACGCAUCUGACCACGCAGUGGAACACGAUCAGCCAUACCUUGGUGUUGUUCCCGACUUGCACCACCGCGGCACAGGGAGUGUCGUCCUGUGAGGGCAGCGACCACUUCCCCGAUGGCAUCUUCAGCCCCACGCUCACCACCACCGCUGUCGCCACGCCGACACCACCACAUGUGUCUGGAGAAAGCGAAACAGUCAGCACUACCGCCAACGUGGUGGAGGCCGUGCUGCCCUCCUGUGACUGUGGUCAGGACACCAAAGGACGCCGCACGCCGAGGAUUCUGCCCGAGGAGGACAUCAUUACCAUCCACACCACGUUCCAGGUCACCACGACUACGAUCCUCACUCACACCGCCCCCGUCACCGUCUCCAUCACCUAUGACGGAUGUGUGCCCGCUGAUGCCAUCUCCACGACCUCCUGCCUUGCCUCCCCCACCACACUCACCAUCAGCAGCAUUGACUUCACCACCUCUGGCAACAUCAUCACAUCCAUUACAAGCUACACCACCACUUCCACCACCAGUUCAAUCGACCUCAUUACCUUCACCACCUCCGGCAGCAGCGUCACAACCUUUACCAGCUUCACCACCAUUUCCACCACCAGUUCAAUCGACGCCAUUGCCGUCACCACCUCUUCCACUCUCGUCACCAACGGCGCCGCCACUCUGGCUACCGCAAGCUAGACAGACACAUACUCCCAGGGGCGCCUCCAUAUGGCUUUCUCUCCAGUACCUCCCCAGGGCAGCGACACUCCACAGGAAAGUAUUGUCCCAGAAUUGCACGGGGUCAACUUUCUAUACUGCGGCAUCAUGGAAAUUAAGGGCAGCCAGUUUCUGCUUACAAGUGCUUCUCAAAGUGUAGAAAUUCGUCCUACUCUGCCCGUCGUUUUAUCUUGAUUCGUCGUUUUAUUUUCUUUGAUUGGUUAACUUGUUGAUUCGGCCAUGAGCUCAUUUGUUUAGUUUACGUUCCCACAUUUACCUUCUUUAGGCCUCCGUUCCUUAGUUGUUGUUAUGUACAGAACUUCCAAUCCUUUUACACUCUGUUCUCUACCGCAGCCAUCCACACACCUGUCAAUACAACCCUCCACACACCUAUCAACACAAACCUUCACACAGUCAUCAACACAGCCCUUCACACACACAUCAAACAGCCCUCCAAAUACCCAUCCACACACACACAUCAACACAGUCCUCCACACACCUUUCAAUACACCUCUCCACACACCUAUCAACACACACCUAUAAACACACUUCACUGCAGACAUUCCACCACAGCCUCCUACAUAGUCAGUCCACUAAAAUCUUCCACUAUAGUCGUCGGCAUUACAAUCAAACUGUCUUUUUUAUUCCCACCACAAUGCAGCCACACCCAGCCAUCUUCCUGUGUCACAUCUUCCUCCAGGCAAACUUUUCCCUUUUUCCAAGACUACCGUAGAGGGUUACUUACACUUGCUCUACCUAUCCUUAUCCUACUUUAUCCUGUUCUACUCUACCACGCUGUAACUCUGCCCUCAAAACUACUACUACUACUCAAACUACUCAAGUCACACUGAUAGGACAGCACACUUCAAGAACACACUCAAUGUUUUGUAUCUUUUGAACACAUCAAACGUAGCUAUUCACUGAACACACUCCUAUAUAUAUAUCUGACUUGCUAUUUUGUUAUUUUGUAUCGAAUGGUAUACAAAUGACGCUGUGAACUUCUAGUACAAACUUAUUGGAUUACGUGAAGAUGAGUCACUCCAGCUACUUUUGGUGUGGGUUAGGUUAGGUAAAGUUACGAUAGGGUGGUUGAUUAGGUUAGGUUAGGUUACGUCACGUUGCGUAGCGUUGGUUUGUGUUGUUUAGUUUAAGUUAGAUUAAGUAAGGUUAGUGUUUGGUUGUGCUGUUAGGUUAGGUUAGGAUGUGAGGCGUUUGUCUGUGUUGCGUUGUCAAGAUUGGCCUGGAAAUGGGCCGCGACAUCUAAAGGAGAUCCAUGGCUUCUACCGAGAUGAUACGUAUGGUAAUAAUAAUUUUAGAGUUAGCCUUGAAGUUAAAUUAUAUUAGGUCAGUUAUAUUAGUUCUCUUGGAUAGGCAAUAUCGUGUAAAACUAUGUUAGGUAAGAUUAUGUAACUUACACUAACCUAAAUUAAUCUAAAUUAUCAUUAACAAAACUAGUUGGUGUCACUGAUCUUGGUGUGAUUCAACUUACUAUUUAGAGGGAGUUUGUCGCCCUGCGUGAUGACUCCCUGUUUCAUGUUCUGAAUAACGGCGUAAUAAAACACCUUACAACA